CCUAGGUGACAUCAUAGCGGUCGACGACGUAUUAUUUGUGAGACGAAGAUUCUAAUAAACACCAGCUGCAGCCGAAGAAGACAAUAAAUACAUUAUUUAUUCUAAAGGUUAACCGGUAACACUUAAGAGGCAGAGAGGUGGAGGAUGUCUGUAGCAGCUCUCCGUUUGAUCCACUGUAGAAGAUUGAGCACAGCUGGGCCACCUGGUGUGAAUAAAGUGUUCCUGUGGAAACAUUUAAGAAAAAUAGCUAAAGUAACUAGCACAGUUGUCUUUGGGGGUUGUUUGUUUAUCUCUUAUGAGGUAUUUGCCUUAGAUAAGUCUGUGACCAUCGACACCAGUGCAAUCCUUCAGGAGAAAUAUAAGUCGUACAUUUAUCUCAGUGCCACACCCUCUACUGAAAGGGAGAAUCUGACUGCAGAGUUCACACAAAUAGCAAGGAGGGAACUUCACAAAGCUGCCAGAAGGUUUCUGGAAAUCUCCUCUAAGCUUUUUCUACAGUCACUAGAUGAGCACUUUAGUCAUGUGGAUGCAGACCCACAUGAGGUUGCAUUAUGGCUGCUUCUUAAGAGGACACAGUCACCUAAAAAAGCCGUAAGACUUCAGGCUGUCCAGGAGCUUGCAGAAAAUUCCCACUGGCAAGACUACCAGUAUCAGACAGCAUCCCAAGUAAUAGACCAGCGAACAGCAGUGGGCCUGGCCCGAACGCCUCAAGUAGACCUGCGAUUCUUCCGACAGCCGCCUGCACUGCCUGAUUUAGAAGAUGGUGUGUCAGCAGAGGAUGGUCUGCGGCAGCUCUUGGCAUCUCUGCCUUUGUCUGAGGUCGACAGAUGUGUGCAGUACUUCACCUCGCUGGCGCUUAGGGAGAGCAAUCAGUCUAUGGCGGCACAAAGGGGUGGUCUGUGGUGUUUUGGGGGUAAUGGGCUUCCCUAUGCCCAGAGCCUCACCUCUGUUCCCUCAGAAAAAGCGGAGUCCUUCUGUCUGCAAGCACUCGUACAGCACUCAAAGGUGCAGAGCCACUGCGACCACAUCGUUGAAAAUGGAGGUCUGCAGAUUCUUCAGAGACUUUAUCAGCUUCGAAGGGAGUCCCUGAAGUUCCAGAGGAACAUUGUGCGUGUAAUAGGAAACCUGGCACUAAACGAAAGUAUUCACCAGGCUAUAGUCCAGUCUGGUUGGGUGUCUGUCCUGGCCGAGACGAUGAAGUCUCCUCAUGUGAUGCAGUCGUCUCAUGCAGCUCGGGCUCUGGCCAACCUGGACAGGGAGGCAGUGAGGGAGAAAUACCAAGAUGGCGUCUACAUCCUCCACCCACAAACACGUGUUGACCAGCCAAGCAAAGCAGAUGUGCUGUUCAUCCAUGGGAUUCUAGGAGCAGCUUUUAAAACAUGGAGGCAGAAAGACCGCAGCACAUUAGAAGAAGAGAGAGAAGCUGAAAGUGAAGAUGACUAUACAGAGUGCUGGCCAAAGUCGUGGCUGGCGGCUGACUGUCCAAACCUGAGAGUGCUGUCAGUGGAGUAUGACAGUCAUCUCAGUGACUGGAUGGCUAAUUGUCCUGCUGACAAUCAAAGGAAGUCGUUGGCGUACAGAAGCCGAGAACUGCUAAACAAAUUAAAGCUUGCGGGAGUUGGGGAGAGGCCUUUGGUGUGGGUAGCUCACAGUAUGGGAGGUUUGCUUGUGAAGAAAAUGUUGCUGGAUGCAGCUGAUGACCCAGAUCUGCAAGGAUUGUUAAGGAACACUAAGGGAAUUAUGUUCUAUAGUGUUCCUCACCAUGGCACCUUCAUGGCAGAGUACUCUAUCAAUGUCAGAUAUCUCCUGUUUCCCUCUAUAGAAGUCAGGGAACUCUGUAAAGACUCACCAGAUCUCCGCAAUCUAAAUGAGGGCUUCCUCAAUAUUGCCAAAGAAAAUGAAAUCAAGGUGCUGAGCUUUGCAGAGACCCAGCCAACGAACAUCAGUCCCAUGAUCAAGGUUCUGGUGGUACCAACACAGUCAGCAGAUCUCGGCCUUGGGGAGCUUAUUAAGGUGGAUGUUGAUCAUCUCAACAUCUGCAAGCCAGAGAAGAAAGACUCGUUUCUGUACAGACGCAGCCUGCAGUUCAUCCAAGAAGCACUGCAGCAUUUCAUCAGCCAGUGAUGAAACUUCAGAAGCACAAUAACAAUGAUGCAACCUACUACUUGAAACUGACCAUCACCCUACACCCUUAAAUCUAACCUACAAAGACAUCUUUCCAACUUAUCACGCAUUAACAUGGACACUAAUCACUACGUGAGAAGUGAAAUACCAAUUGAAUAAGACAAAUGAAAUUUGUUUUACCCAUUAAUGUCUGUGGAUAUGUGUCAACUGUGAUUUUUUAAAUAUUUGGAAAUUUUUUUAUGCAGGCAUUUCCUGCGAAAAAGGACAUAUUUCCAUCAUUUUAAUUUCCACACGUCACCAUUACCAUGUUUGCGAUUUUGGACCAGAGUGUUGGUGUUAAGGUUUAUUUUUAUAUUUAUAAAUUGUACAGAUUGUUGUGCCAAAAUGUGUUCCUUUCUGAGCCUGACCUCAGAGUUCUAAAUUAAUAUUACAUCAGCUCACUUGAUUUAUGUUGAAGAUUAAUCGAGCAGUUGAAAUGUUUUUACUGGUACAACAGACUUUCUGGCCUAAAGCCUAACAUAAAUGCAGAUUGAUGACAAUAAAUCCAACAAAUGAAUGAAGCUGAAGAACGUUA